AUGGGAGUUGGUGAACCAUUAGGAAGGUCGGGAGGUUUAGUUUGCGUUUGGGACACUAGGAUGUUUACUAAGACUAGUAGCGUAAAGGAUAAUAAUUUCCUAAUCAUAAAAGGGAAGCUUAAGGGCUGUGACGAGGCAGUGUUUUUGGCAAAUGUAUAUGCGCCCCAGAAGGUGAGGGAUAAGAAAAGGUUGUGGGAUAGAUUGGUAGCUGCAAAAAAUGUUGAAAGGGGAUUGUGGAUUUUUAUGGGGGAUUUCAACGCGGUAAGGAGCCCGGAAGAGAGAAAAGGGUCUUUGUUCAAUUCUGGUUGUGCCCGGGCUUUCAACAACUUUAUCUAUGAAGCUGACCUCCAUGAAUACGAGAUGAGAGGGAGAAAAUUUAUGUUUUUGAAGUACGAUAACGGUAGGGGGAAGUUCAGUAAGAUUGAUAGAUUUUUAGUUGGGAUCGAGAUAUUGGAGAAGUGGCCGUUGGCAUGUUGUAGAGUCUUAUCUAGAGCCUUUUCUGACCAUAGCCCGAUACUCCUUUCCUUUAAGGACCUGAAUUUUGGGCCAAAGCCUUUCAGGGUGUUCAAUUCUUGGUUGGAUAAGAGCGAUUUUGAAGAGGUGGUCACGAAGGCUUGGGGUGAGGCUAUCUCGUUUGGGCCUGCCGACACCAGGCUCAUGAUGAAAUUUAAGUAUCUAAGAGAUCAGAUAAAGGUGUGGAGGGAUGAAAUUAGAGAAAAAGAGGGUGAAGAGAUGGAUAAAUGUAGAAAAGAGUUGGAGGAGAUUGAAAGGGCUAUGGAAGAAAACGACUUGAUAUAG